AUGGGCAUUGUAGUUGUAUUGUGCCACGCCGACAGCAACGUGGAGCACAAAAAGACGUGUGAGGACUCUGAUUGGCUCUGUUUCUGGAGUAGCUCACUCGUGUGCCGGGCGAGGACUCUGAUUGGCUCUGUUUCUGACUCGUGUGCCAGGCGAGGACUCCGAUUGGCUCUGUUCCUGGAGCAGCGCAAGACUGCAGUUCAGAAGAGCAAAGAAGUGCAGUGGAUCCCCCUGCCUGAGAAAGAUUUUUUAAAAAUAGAGCCCAAAACGCUCUGCAGUGUGGCAGGAUGGGGAUACACCGAAACGAAUGGGCACGUAAGCUCACGCCUUCUGGAAGUCAACAUGAGUGUCGUGGACAAAGCGGUGUGCCAAAAUAAGUGGAUCGGCAUAUCCAAGAUGAUGUGUGUCGGGGGAAGUGUUGACAACAGAGGAUUCUGUAAGGUAUACUUUGUCAUUUUUCUAGUUUCCAUUAAAAUAAUUGCGUUGCGCUAUCGGAAGCGACUCCUGCCAAAUGGAUACGCUGGAAAAGAUGCAUAUUUAAUAGUGAAAGGCCAUGCCAUGUUGUGGCCCGAGCAGAGUGCCAAGAAACGGUGGAGGAAUGAAGACAUCACGCCCAGGAUGAUGUGUGCAGGGGGAAAUGCCGACAAAAGAGGAUUCUGCCAGGGAGACUCAGGGGGUCCCCUGGUGUGCAGUGGACUAGCAGUGGGAAUCGUUUCCUUCAACUAUAAUUAUAACUGCACCUACCCAAGUCUGCCCAACGUUUAUACUCAGAUCUCAAAGUUCUUGCCCUGGGUUAAGAAGUACAUCAACAACACUUCUUUGUCUUUCUUGAAACGUUAAUGGCCUCACUCUUGUGUAGACAAUUACCUCCCUGGUAGCUGAAUGGUGAAAAUGUCCUGGGACACAGGCUGGUGAAAUCCCAGGUAUCUUAUAAUGUGCUUCACCAUGCACUUAUCUUUACAGCUAAAAUUAAGCUAAUUCCAUUUCAAAUAUCGAUACUGCAUGUUUAGAUGUGAUCUGCUGAGUUUUGUUUAUUAGUCAAUUCUGCAUUUCCCCCAUGCAAACGCUGUGGUUCUGGCAUUACAUUAGCUUCAUUAAAAUGCAUGCAAAUAUGA